GGGGAUCGGCGCACGCCGGAAGCCGGAACGUGAAGCGCGGCGGUAGCGACGCAGCCGGCUUCUCCCGGGCUGCUAUCCCUGGCGUCAUGAGAGGCUUCGGGCCAGGCUUCGCCACACGGAGUCUCCUCCCGCUGCGGUUUGCCCCGCGGGCGCCGUGGCCGCCGUGGCCGCCGGGGCCCCUGCGGUGUGUCAGGCCGGCGGCGACGGGCUCCCUGACGCGGACCAUGGACGAGCUGCUGCGCCGCGCCGUGCCGCCCAAGCCGGCCUACGAGCUGCGCGAGAAGACGCCGGCGCCCGCCGAGGGCCAGUGCGCCGACUUCGUGAGCUUCUACGACGGCCUGGCCGAGGUGGGCCAGCGCGCCGAGCUGCUGGGCCUCCUGGCGCAGGCUUUCGGUGUGGACCACGACCAGGUGGCCGAGCAGAGCGCCGGCGUGCUCCAGCUGCGCGAGCGGCCGCGGGAGGCGGCCGUGCUGCUGCAGGCCGAGGACCGGCUGCGCUACGCGCUGGUGCCGCGCUACCGCGGCCUCUUCCACAACAUCAGCAAGCUGGACGGCGGCGUGCGCUUCUUGGUGCGCCUGCGGGCCGACCUGCUCGAGGCGCAGGCGCUCAAGCUGGUGGAGGGGCCGCACGUCCGGGAGAUGAAUGGGGUGCUGAAAAGCAUGCUCUCAGAAUGGUUUUCCCCUGGGUUCCUGAACCUAGAAAGGGUCACCUGGCAUUCGCCAUGUGAGGUGCUUCAGAAAAUCAGCGAGUCUGAGGCCGUGCAUCCUGUAAAGAACUGGAUGGAUUUGAAACAGCGCGUGGGGCCCUACAGGCGGUGUUAUAUCUUUUCUCACUGUUCGACCCCUGGGGAGCCCCUGAUCGUUCUGCAUGUGGCGCUCACCAGCGACAUUUCCAACAAUAUCCAGGCCAUCAUAAAGGAGCGGCCCCCGUCAGAAAUGGAGGAGAGGGGCAGAAUCACCACCGCCAUCUUUUACUCCGUCAGCCUCAUACAGCAGGGACUGCAGGGCGUCGAGCUGGGAACUUUCCUCGUAAAGCGGGUCCUCAACGAGCUGCAGAAAGAGUUUCCUCAGCUGGGGGCCAUUUCCAGUCUGUCACCCAUACCUGGAUUCACCAAGUGGCUUCUGGGGCUUCUGAGCUCGCAGACAACGGAGCAUGGGCGGAAGGAACUGUUCACAGAUUCGGAGCAUAAAGAAAUCGCCGAGAUUGUCGGCAGCCCAGUCCACGAGACCCUCAGGGUUCUCCUCAGCAGCAGCGAGUGGGCACAGUCGGAGAAGCUGGUGCGGGCGCUCCAAGUGCCCCUGAUGCGGGUCUGCGCCUGGUACCUGUACGGGGAGAAGCACCGCGGCUUCGCCCUCAGCCAUGUGGCCAACUUCCACCUGCAGAACGGGGCUGUGAUGUGGCGGAUCAACUGGAUGGCCGACCGCAGCCCCAGGGGCCUCACCAGCUCAUGUGGCCUCAUGGCCAACUUCCGCUACUACUCAGAGGAGCUGGGCCCCAACAGCACCGCCUACCUGGGCUCUAAGAGCAUCAAGGCUUCCGAGCAGGUCCUCCGCCUGGUGGCCCAGUUCCAGGAGAACAGCAAGCUCUAGGCACAGCCCUCCCACAGCUCAGGGCCCCAUCCCAAAAGGGUCACCUCCUGGGGGUCAGGAGAGGCCUUGUGACACAGCCGUGCUGUGUCACCUGCUGCAGCAGGGCACUCCUCAAGGCCGUGACGCAGCUGUUGCUGCACUGGCAAAGAUGUGCCACCCAAAGGAGGUGGCGGGCGCUGGUGCCCACACCCUGGGGGCCACUGUGCACCCCCCAAGGUGCCAGGAAGCUCUGUGACCUCUGUGUCACCCAGGGGUGUAGUCAGGAACCAUUCUCCCUGGAGCUGGCGGGGCGGGGCGGGCCUCGGCCGUGGCUGCUGGGGCCAUUUCUCUGCUCGGUGUAGAGCGCUGACGGGCUGUGCUGUGCUCUGCCAAGGAAGCGCCAAGCUCCCAUCUAACCAGGCACCUGACCGAGAUGUCGCUGCCCGAGGCCGAAGUCGAGUGCGAGACUAAAGCUAGUGAGUCAAGUUCAUAAUGAACUGCACAGUAAAGAAUGAGUUUGUUCUAGAAA